AUGACUACCAGGUUUUUACAGUUUGAGUACCCUCCUCAACUUUAUCGUUCUGAAAUAGAACGUCAUUCAGUAAAUGUGAAUGAAUAUCAUCAAGAAAUUGUUGCAACAAUGCUUCAUUCCAUAAAAAAUAAUAGACCAAAUCUUGAACUUUAUCAACAACAACCAUAUCUUACAUUUGCCAUUAGAGGUAAGCUUAUUGAUUUCCUUUUGAAAAUGUCAAUUCGUCUUAAAAUUUUACCAUUUGUAUUUUUCAGAGCAGUUAAAAUCUUUGAUAGAUAUUGUUCUAAAAGAGUUGUUUUACUUGAUCAAAGUCAACUUAUCAUCACUACAUGUCUUUGGAUAGCACUGAAAGUACAAGGUGGUAAUAAUCAUUUUGUGAAUCUCAGUAAUGUAGGUAAACUUUCCGAUGUUAAAACCAUUACUGAUUUAGGUUAUGGAUCUGGAGGACGUCUUUUAGGACCAACUGAAAGAUUUAGAUUACCUAAAUUACAUGAACUUGUUAAACUUUGUGGAGCCAAAUGUAAAUAUGAUCAAGGAAUGUUCAAACAAAUGGAAAUCCAUGUCUUAUCAACUUUGGAAUGGUCAUUAAAUGAUCCAUCAAUUGAAGAAUUUUUAACAAAUUCUUCAGAAUUUAAUAUUACUCCACUGCUGGAAGAUUCAACCAUUGCACGUGAAAUCUUCAAAACUAAAGAAUAUCUUAGUUAUGUUGCAUUAUAUUGCAAUGAACUCAUUGAUGUUGAUGUCAUUGAAUUAAGUGAAGCCAUUUGUUCCAUUACCAAUGAAGCAUUAAACAUUAGAAAAAAUGAUUGUUAUUAUCAAAAGGUUAACUUUGUACCUUCAAAUGAUUCAGAUGAUGAAUUCUUUUAUGAAUCUACAACUACCACCACCACUACUCCAUCCAAUUCUCGUCAUUUAUCAAUGCGUGUUAUCAAACAACACCUCAUAAGUUCAGUUAAAAACUCCUCAGAUUUCAUUUUAAAACUCUUUGAAUCGGCUGGUCCUCAACAAGUAUACAAUUCUGUGAUGUUUAAUAACAACAACAAUAAUUCCAUUAAUACUCACAUUUCAUCAUAUCAUGCGUUAUCUCCUAGACAACCUCCAAGGAAACGUAAUGUCACCAACUCCCCUAAUAAUAAUAUUCAUAAAAAGACUCCCAUUGGAAAAUAUUCUUGCAUUCCUCCCCCUCAUCAACUUCCUCAUAACUUCACUGCUUUCAAUGAUAAAAUGUAUUCACCAGUUGUGUUACCCAGUGUUUUACUUAAAUAUAAUCAUAGUCAUGGAGAUUCUGUUUCGGGAGCAUCUUCAACAAUCUCAACCAGUUCAAAUUUUGAUGAUGGUUCUGAUUCUCUAACCCCGACCGCAACAAAACUCCCCCAUAUCAUCACAGCCAUAACUCAUAAUAACAAUAGCCAAGCGAGUCUCCACUCGCAAUGCUCUUCCCGUAAUGAUGGACUGAUAUUUGACCAUGAAUCAGGACAACAUCCGGUUUGCAGUGCUGGCACUCCUUCAAGUGAAGCGGAUUCACCAUUGCUUCAUUUGAUGAAAUUAGACUAA